AUGAGCGGUACAGGUAAUAAACACGAAUCGAUACCUAUCGAGAAACCCUUUAUCCCCAAGUAUCUGCAAAAUAGUCCUUUGGAUAUUUAUAACAGAACGGCUGAAAACCCCAUAUUAUUACCUAGCAGAUGGAAUUUUGCGGAUCGUUGGAAAUGUGUAAGUGUGGAAGGAAAUCAAUUAGGGAUUGGGUAUAUAGGAACCGGAAUGGCCGCAGCUAUAAGAUCCGACCACCCAAUCCCUAAAGAAGCCGGAAUUUUUUACUACGAAGUUGAUGUCAUAGAUAGUGGUCCUAUGAAUUUAAUUGGGAUUGGAAUCGGUAGAAAGGCUAGUUAUAUAAAUAGACAAACAGGCUGGGAGCAAUCAACUAUCGGGUACCACGGUGAUGAUGGAUUGGUAUUUCUUGAGAUAGGCAUCGGAGGAAAUCCAUAUGGACCUUUGUAUUGUUCGGGUGACACCAUCGGAUGCUGUUUGAAUUAUUAUGAUCGAACCGUAUCUUAUACAAAGAAUGGGAUUAAUUUAGGAAUCGCCAGUACCAGAAUAUUUGAUGGAGAAAUGUAUCCCAUGGUCGGUAUGAGAAACCGUUUUGCGUGUCUUGAAGUUAACUUUGGCGCAAGACCUUUUAUGUAUAAUAUAGAAUAUCACGCAAAGACGAUUUUUGAUAGAGUCAAGGUUCAUAGUCGGGAUAAAACCGUUUUCGAAGAGGUUUCUUUUGCAAUGUCCGAGUUAGGAAUAUCCAAAAAAACUUAA